GUACGGAACUGAGUCAACGCAUUUUUCAGAUUCAAGAAGGGCAGGGCGCAGGGCGGCUGGCCCCCGCGAGAAGAGAGCGACUCAAGUCAGCUACUUCCCCCAGCUGAACCGAUCGGCAAUCAAUCGAUGCCUUCAGAUGAGAUUUAACACUUCCCUGUGUAUUUAGCCGGUUUGACGCUCAUUCUCCGUUGGUCGUCUUAAAAUUAACAGCCCGAGAAAAUGUCAGAUCCUGUGGUGGCCGAUACUCGCCGGUUGAAUUCCAAGCCCCAGGACCUGUCGGAUGCUUACGGCCCCCCCAGCAAUUUUCUGGAAAUAGAUGUUUAUGAUCCACAAAUAAUCGGAGUCGGACGGGGCCGUUACACAACUUACGAAGUUCGUAUGAGGACAAACCUUCCCAUUUUCAAAUUGAAGGAUUCCUGCGUGAGGAGAAGAUACAGUGACUUUGAGUGGUUAAAGAAUGAGCUGGAAAGAGACAGUAAGAUUGUAGUACCCCCUCUGCCGGGCAAAGCCCUGAAGAGACAGUUGCCAUUCCGUGGGGAUGAGGGCCUUUUUGAGGAGUCUUUCAUUGAGGAGCGGCGAUCGGGCUUGGAGCAGUUCAUCAACAGAAUUGCAGGUCACCCCUUGGCCCAGAACGAGCGCUGUCUUCACAUGUUUCUGCAAGAGGAAAGCAUUGACCGUAACUACAUUCCUGGAAAAGUACGACACUAAGGGUUACUGAGGGAGGUGGGCAGGUGGGGGUUAAACUGUGGGAGUGUAGGACAGCCUUGCCUUUCUCUUCCCUCAUGACUUCUUUCAAUCUCUCUCUCUCUGUCUGCUUUAUUUGCCUCUUCUUCUCUCCCUCUGUGUAUAACAUUACAAAGCUAUAUUCACUUUCUCUCGGAGUUAGAGUGCUCUUCAGCUAUACUUGAGGACACGUUGAUAAUGUUUCAGGCGACUCUGUGACUCCUCUCUCCCUCGUGCAUUUGUUUUAUAACUGUACAAUGAGGAAAGCACUGCUCGGUAGUUGUCGUCGUAUCGUGAAUAUUUGACUCUUCAAUCACAAUUUUCAGGAAUGAACGUAAUGUGCGACACAGUCAGGCUUUCCUCCAAUGAGUGUCAUAUAUACAUGAUUGUAAUAUAAUGUGAAUAAAGUAGAAUAAUGUCUAAAUGCGUGUGCUGGCGCUAAUGUGUACCAUAGGGAUGCAUGCACACUGUACAAUGAGAGUUCUGAUCCUGUUUUGUUCUCUUUGUGUUUUUGUUGUGUUUUUUUAGGUAUGAAUGAAACAGUACAGACUGCUGCACCUGCCCCAUGUACAUUUAUUUCUACAUCACAUCAUUAUAAAGCUGAUGGGAAUGUCAGAACUGAUAAGUAUCAACGGUGUAGGAAAAACACAGCUUUUGCUCCUGGACAAAACUUAAGAGAUCCAAUGUAUAAAUUGUUUGUUGUCUCCAUUCAGUCAUUCCACAUACUGUCUGUACAUUAUUUUGAUUCAGUAAUCCGUGAAAAAGACGACAUGUGCCGUAUAUUUUUUAGCCAUUUUAUCAUAGAUUUUUUUACAGUGAUUAUUAUGUUUUCUGAAUGUCUUUUGAAUUGAUUUGAUCGUUUUAAGAAAACAAAAAAAAAACAGUAAUUUCCUGCUUUGAUUGGUGUUUUCGUUUGCUAGCGAAGAUGUGAUUUUGAUGACAACCUCCCAAAGUCGAGCAACAUGUAGCAACAUGAAAAGACAGAGACACGUCAUUCCACUCAGUAUAUUUUCCCCCCUGAGAUCCAUGCUCUUAUAAAGGAUUGUUUCACAAUUACUUGUUUUAACUCUGCUGUCUUAGCUCCAUCGCCACGCCUGCAUUUUGGCUGUGUGUUGUCAAAUCAGCUAUCGGGAAUGUUAAGUUAGGCAAAUAACCAUAUCUAAGCACUGUGACAAAAGGUUCAUUAUAUGAACAAUAUUUCAUUGUCUAAAGGCAUAAUCAGCAUCUGGUUUCUUGAUCUCUAAAACGAGGCUUAUUUUGUGCUUAUUUUCGGCUGUUUUAUUCUUUCUAUCAAUAUUAUUGUGAAGUGUAUUAAUACAUGCUAUCAUCGCAGUUCCACUAUGGGUGACGAGGAACUUCCUUGUUAAUUCUGUCCACCAAUUAAAUUUCCUGCUGCCUGCUG